UUGUUAAAAGGUUCAAUCAAAUCAUUUCAUAGCAUGGGACGGUUGGAUGAGCAUGUAAAAUCAAUAUGGAGGUCAGCUGAUGCAGUAUGUUUUGACGUAGAUUCAACUGUAUGCACUGAUGAAGCCAUAGAUGAAUUGGCAAAAUUUGUUGGCAGAGACAAAGAAGUGGCAGAUUUGACUCAAAAAGCUAUGAAGGGUGGACUGUCAUUUCAAGAAGCACUUUCAAGAAGAUUAGAUAUCAUUGAACCUUCCGUGUACAUUGUGAGAAGAUAUCUUGAGACUCGUCCACCAUCUCUAACACCUGGAAUAAGAGAAUUAGUUGCAACACUUCAUGAUCAAGAAGUUCCUGUAUAUCUUGUUUCUGGAGGAUUUGAUACCAUUAUCCAGCCAGUUGCACAAGAAUUAGAUAUUCCAUUUAACCACAUAUUUGCUAACAGACUAAAAUAUUUUUUCAAUGGAGACUAUGCAGGUUUUGAUGAAACGCAACCAACUUGUGAACAAGAUGGUAAAGCACAGGUCGCAACUUAUUUAAAGCAUCGGUAUGGGUAUCAAAAGUUAGUAAUGGUUGGAGAUGGCGUGACUGACUUAGUAGCUUCACCACCUGCAGAUCUCUUCAUUGGAUUUGGUGGAAAUCAAAUACGAGAAAAAGUACAAAAAGAAGCAAAGUGGUUUGUAACUAAUUUUGAUGAACUCAGAAAAGAGCUCUUAAGGAAGUGAAAUAUGUUUUGUAAAAUAUACAUUCAUUAUUAGCCAUAAAUAGCUGUGAUUUUUACACACACAAGCAAUAGUCUUCGUAUAAAAUCAAACUGCUAAAAGUUUUCGUACUUAUUAAAUCUAAAGUUUUUAUUUUAAAACUGCAUUUUAUUCCAUAUGUUCU